AUAGCAUUCAAGAUGAAGCGAAUUUUGACGUGCCUACUCGUGUUUGCAUUUGUGACUAUAUCGAAUUGCAAGCAGUUCCGAUGCGACUACAAGUAUUUCAACAAAGCAGAUGGAUGGCUGAAACUUCACAGGAUUCCUGCGAACUGGCACGAAGCAAGACUACGGUGUCACCUCGAAGGAAGCAAAUUGGCGUCACCGCUGAACCAUAAUCUGGCAUCAGCUAUGCUGUCUGUAGUAACGGAGGCAUCAAUCAAGUGUGGACUUUACACUGGCAUCCACGCUUUCUUCUCUAAAGGCGAUUUCCAUUCCAUUGAAGGCAUACCUCUCUCCAAGAUACCUCACACGUGGGCAGAAGGUGAACCUGACAACGACAACGAUAGCGAAAGCUGCUUAUUGAUGCUGAGCACUGGGGAGCUUGCUGAUGUCAACUGCUCGGAACCUCUGCCGUACCUGUGCUACCGAAAAAGCAGAAGAGCAGUCCUGAACAGCUGCGGGACUGUCGAUAAUGAGUACACGUUUGAGUCUCGAACCGGAAGCUGUUACAAAUUUCACAAAGUGCCGCGUACUUGGUCGCGAGCAUAUAUGGCCUGCACUGCGGAGGGCGGGCAUUUGGCAAUCAUCAACAGCGAUACGGAGGCUCAAGUAAUCAAGGAACUCUUUGGAAAGAAUCCAGCGGGUUCCAUGAGAGGUAACUUCUGGAAAGACGUCGCUUUUGUCGGAUUCCACGACUGGGGUGAACAUGGAGAAUUUUUAACCAUCGAAGGUCAGACGUUAGAAGAGGCUGGUUACGCCAAGUUCUCUGGUGGUGAGCCGAAUAACGCCACUACAGGAGAAUACUGCGGUGCGGUGUACCGUAGUGCGUUGUUAGACGACCUGUGGUGCGAAAAUAAGUACGCGUUCAUAUGCGAGAUGAGUCCAGAUAGCUUGCUUUGCGAGGACUCUAAUGAGGAUAGCCAAUAGCUUUUAUCAUCCAACCACACUUGCUCUUAUAACACCGACGUAAUGUUGAUCAAUGAAAGUUAUUAAACGUGUUUUAUGCAAACUUAC